GGCAGCAUUGUCCGCCUCCUCCUCACACACCAGUGCGGCUCCCUCACAUAGCGCUGAGGAGGAGACGAGCCUCGCUCUCACCACUACAGCAUCCCCGGAGAUACCGCCGCAGCAGCACCAUCCCGGGAGAGGCAGCUCCCCGCAGCCCUAGCCUCGCUCUCAGCACUUGACACGGCACCGCCACCAUCCCGCAGCCCCAGCCUCUCCCCAGGCAGCAUCCCCAGACUCGGCUCCCAGAGGCCCGUCUCUGAGGGGAGGAGGGAGGGGGUAGGAGCGGGAGGAGGAGAGACAAGGGAUGCAUCUCCUGCGCUCCUGGUAGCCGCCUUCGCCCCUUCUUGUGCUGUGUCAAUCCUAGGUGCAUGUUUGGCUGCCAGUGCACCCAGCAGCAGCUGCACCGCCCGGGGGCUAUGAAGAUGAUCCGCCUGAGGACUCCCAGUAUGAGGUCCCUGAACGUGGAGAUGCGCUGCACCGUGCGCCUGCUGGACGACACCGACAUCUCCUGUAGUAUCCAGAAAGAGACCAAAGGCCAAUUUCUCAUUGAUCAUAUCUGCAAUCACUACAGUUUGUUGGAAAAGGACUAUUUUGGAAUCCGCUUUGUUGACCCAGAAAAGCAAAGACAUUGGCUUGAUCCCAAUAAACCCAUCGCCAAGCAAAUGAAAUCUCAUCCACCAUACACCAUGUGCUUUAGAGUGAAAUUCUACCCUCAUGAACCGUUGAAGAUUAAAGAAGAGCUUACCAGGUACCUUUUAUAUCUUCAAAUAAAGAGGGACAUUUUUCACGGACGUCUGUUGUGCUCAUUUGCUGAUGCUGCAUUCCUUGGUGCUUGCAUUGUUCAAGCAGAGAUAGGAGAUUACGAUCCUGAUGAACAUCCUGACAAUUACAUUUGUGAUUUCAAAAUAUUUCCCAAACAAUCACUGAAACUGGAGAAAAAAAUUGUUGAAGUUCAUAAAAGCGAACUCAGAGGUCAAAGCCCAGCUGUUGCAGAAUUUAAUUUGCUGUUGAAAGCACAUUCCCUGGAAACCUAUGGUGUUGACCCUCAUCCAUGCAAGGAUUCAACAGGGACCACAACAUUCCUUGGGUAUACUGCUGCAGGGUUUGUUGUUUUCCAGGGUAACAAGAGGAUACACUUAAUACGAUGGCCGGAUAUCUGCAAAAUGAAAUUUGAUGGAAAAACAUUCCAUGUUGUUGUAAUGCAAAAGGAGAAAAAAAGUGUGUUAACCUAUCAUACCUCAACACCAGCAGCCUGUAAACAUUUAUGGAAAUGUGGGGUGGAAAAUCAGGCCUUCUACAAGUAUGCAAAAUCAAGUCAAGUAAAAACAGUGACCAGUAGCAAUAUAUUUUUUAAGGGGAGCCGGUAUCGUUAUUGUGGGAAAGUUGCAAAAGAAGUUGUAGAGGCAAGCUCAAAAAUCCAGAGGGACCCACCAGAGGUUCACAGAUCACUAAUACCACACAGUCGCAGCUCCUACUCCUUAAACAAACAGCUGAUCAUUAACAUGGAACCACUUCAGCCACUAAUUCCAUCUCCAAGUGAGGAGGAGGAAGAAGAAGAAGAGGCUCCACAAGUGGAAAGUAUCCUGCUGUCACAGCAGAAUGAUUCUAAUUCUUCCCCUGUGCCUGGCAACUCCCCUUCAAGGGAUAUUGAGCUGAUGCCAGACAUCCGACAUGAUGGAGAAGAUAGCAUGAAAGAGGAGCCUUUAACUAUCUCAGAGCAGGUGUACAACCCCAGCGCUAGCUUGCUGCCCACACCAGUAGAUGAGGGGGUGGAGAUGCUCUUUAACAGCUCGCUCAGGGCAGAGGGUGAAAGAGACGAUGCUGAUUCAUUUGAGGAAUUUGAUGCAGAUGAACAUGCGUUUUUAAUUGCAGAGGAAGAAGAACUGAAGGAGGCCAGGAAAGCACUAAGUAUGAGCUACAAUUUCCUCAUGGGAAACAUGCAGCUGAAUGCGUUUCUGAAGAGUUUUUCCCGGCUGGUUUUGGUAGCUGUGGGGCUACUUAUGGUGCUUCUCCCAUUGUUGCUUGUGCUACUGGAGUCAGACAUUGACAUUUCCUUUCUACAUGACAUCCGACAGACUCCGGAGUUUGAGCAGUUCCACAAUGAGUACUACUGCCCACUUAGGAAGUGGCUGGCAUGUAAAAUCAGCUCGGCACUUAAUGUUGCCAACAGUUCUUAAACUAUUUCAAUAUUAAUAACUGAGGGUUAUAUUCUGAUGUUUCUCUUCCCCACCAUAUCUUAAAAGCAGUCAUUUCCAUCUUCAAAUAAGUUACUGAUACUGUUACCAAAAAUACAGAAAUACAUUUUAAACAGUCUAGAUUUCAAUGUUUUUUACUGUAUAGUGGGGUAAUUAUGGAAAUAUCUCUAUAUUUUUAGCAAUUGACAUAAUAAUGUGUAUAAAGUAGAAAAUGUAUCAAGACUGCCACUCCUGAAGAGUCACUUUGAAUAUAAACAUCAGUGUAUUUCUAUACCCUCUUCCUGCCAGAGAGGACUGGUACAAAGAAGUGUGGUGCAGUCAUCCCUGGCAGGGGAAUGGGUGACCGAUGCCUAUACAAGCAACAUUUUUUUUGCUGGUUUUAUUUUCUUACCUUUUUAUGUGUUGAAAUAUUUUGGUAAAUUUGUAGUAAAGAAAUAUGUCUUCUUAACUAAUUUCAUUGUACAGACCUAAUGCACAAGCGCAUGUUGAGAAAAUAAUUUUUAUUUGUCUGGCAAUAUUGCUUCUUUUUCAUUCAGCCUAUGUCUCGUAUACACAUUUUUUUCAAAACACAGAUUACAUUUGCACAGUACAUUGUAUGGUUAUCAGCUGGUAUAUAUUGGUGGUGGCUACAGCCAUUAUCGAUGAAGACUCUGCUUUAUGUGAAAAGUGUGUAUAAUCCUCACGAAUCAGGGUAUAUUAUUUACACCAAUUGCACAAGCCUAUUCAUUCACAUGAAAAGGAGAAGCUCCAAUGAAAUUGCUUAUAUUUAUUUAAAUAAAUAUAUUUCCCCGGAAAGAAAGAAGCUGGUUAUUCUUAGCAUCCACAAAUACAGUUAUUUUCCCCAUUCACGUUACUGCAUGUGACUAAAAUUCUCCACAAACAACACUAUGAGCUUUAACAUGUGCAGAUUGACAAGAAAAGAAUAAAACAUCCAGAAACAAAUAAAUAAUUGAAAUGAACAAAUCACAGUUGUCAGUCACAUCCAUUUACAUGCACAAACCUUUACAUCAUGGUUCAUUUUGUUUGAAAGGUUCUGUCAUAAAAGAGUAAUGUUUACUGGCUGAGCUUACUACUGCACACAAUAAUUCAUUGUCAUUGCCUGUUAUUAAAGCACAUUUUCAUUUUACUUAAAAAGAAAGAAUACAAGUUCAACUGAAGAUAAAAAUCUAUCCUAACAAAAACUUUUUUUAAAUAAAUUAAAUUAUAUAUUUAAACUUGCUCCUUAAAGGGGUAGUCCAGU